AUGGACUCCUUGACUGAUGAACAACGGGAGUACCUUGCCACACUGAAUCGUCGUGGCCCGGCUAGGCUGCGUGAUGCCAGUCGCUCUCGCAGCCGUGACCGCCGUGCCAUCGCUUCUUCGACCGAUGAGCGCUCUCGCCCUUGGCGUGCACCGAGUCCGCUGCUGGUCCAAGGACCACCUGCUCUUGCGGAACAGGUGCGGCUCUUGCAGAGCAGCAUCGAGAUUAUUGAGCGCCGCCUGACAAACCUCAACAUUGGUCAAACGCAGCUGCUCAUGGUGCUUGGACACCACCCAGACUUUGGGGUUCCGUUCGGGGCCAUCGCUGAGUUUGUUGACACCAUGAAGGCCACCGUUCAGGACAUCAAGGCGUCGAUCGAGGAUCUUCGCGCUAAUUCUGCAGAGCAGUGCAUGCUUCUUAGCAGCCGCCUUGACCGCCUCGAGGAACUGGUUCAGGCUCGCACAUCGGGGCCAAUGGUGAACUUCCGCCGCCGAUGGAGUUUGCAGGCAUCUCGAGCCUCUGAAGAUGCUCGAUCCCGGAGUCCUUCCGUUCGCAUUGCUGAAGCAGCAGAGCGUGCUGAUUCUUUCUUCGAGGAGCAUUCACCUCUUCUUUCGGAAGAUGCUAGGUCCUGGAGUCCUUCCUUUUUCAAUGCCGCAUUGUGCGCCGGUUCUCCCCUUGGAGAUCUGGCUGACAGCAACCACGGCCUAGAUCCGGCCCCCGAACGCAGCUCGGGAUCCGAUGGAUGGGAACGUGUGGGCUCUGCACUGCCUCAGGACCCUGGCCCGGUCCUAAGUUCCGAAGUUCAGCGAGCCGUGGUGUAUCAACGUGAUGUGUCCCUGCCGAAGCUUCCCUACGAACAUGGCAUUUGGGGCCUCGUCUUUGGGUCUCCUGCAUCCCUGCCCACCGCCCGCUUCCCUGCACCAGUUGGUCCCCGGCCUCAACCGAUCCCCACCCCCCCUGACCCGUCCACGAAUUCCCUCGAGCUCUCUGCUGCAGCUCCCCCUGACGUCAGCCUGGCCCGGAUCAAAGCCGCCACUUUUCGUGUCACUGAUGCAGCCCUUCGUGACCGUUGCUUGGUGCAGCUUAAGACUUUGUUGCUUCUUGACCCGUCGGCCACCAAGACCGGCAUUCAGAUGACUACGUGCUUCGGCAAAAUUUUGGAGCCUGACCGAGCCCUCUUGGUUCUUCAGGACACGUUGCGGCCCAAGGCCACUGGCACCAUCAGCAAACGCACGGGCUCUCUCUGGCGCCUGGCUCACUACCUGGCCUCCGUGGACGGCCGCAGCCCCUUCAUGGUUUCGGAGCCCCUGCUCUAUGAGUAUCUCUGCUCACUUCGUGAAGCUGAAACUGGUGCUACCUCCGGCGCCUCCGCUUUGGAGGCCUUACGCUUCGCUGAUGGUUUGUUUCGCUUCCAGCGGAUCUCUCUGCGUGAGGUGGACAGCGCCCGCAUUCGUGGUGUGGCGCAUGCCAUGUAUGUUCGCAAACAAAAGCGCCAGCAAGCCCCUGCCUUGACUGUUCGUGCCAUCCGCUUCCUGAUGGCAUGGUGCUGCGACCCGUCCCGGCCUCUGCAUACGCGCGUUAUCUCUGGCCACCUUCUUGCGUGCAUCUUUGCAGUCGCACGUUGGUCUGACUUGCGCUUCCUUGCCUUCUUCCGGGUGCUCUCUGACGACGAGUUCAGCAUCUUCGAGUCCGCGACUUCCCAGCACAAGACCGCACACUCCAAGGAGGCCCAGGUCGAGCUCCUUCCAUUCAUUGGCUUAGGUCAAUGGCCGGGCUGUGAGUCAUGGGCUGCGUGUCUUGAGACUCUUCGAGCCGAGUCCGACCUCUCGCACUUGGAGGGUCGCGGGGGUUAG